CAGCCCCUGUGGUCGCGAGCGCUGAGGAGACAAAGCCGCGUCCGGGGUUGGGGGGGGCCCUGCCGGGGCGUGCGCCUCGCUGAGGCUCGGUGGCGCCGCAGCCCGCGGGGACGGCCCUGAGGACCGGCGCGCCGCCGCCUCGCAACAGGUCGGCCGCCUCCCGGCCGCCGGACUCUCCGCUCCCCUCCCCCGCACCGCGGCGCGGGCUGGCCGCCCGCUCCCAUGCAGUUCGGAGCCAAGAUGAUGCCGAUGUUUCUCACCGUAUACCUCAGUAACAACGAGCAGCACUUCACAGAAGUUCCAGUUACCCCAGAGACAACGUGCCGUGAUGUGGUGGAUCUGUGUAAAGAGCCUGGCGAGAGCGAGUGCCACCUGGCUGAAGUGUGGUGUGGCUGCGAACGCCCAGUUGCUGAUAACGAGCGAAUGUUUGAUGUUCUUCAACGAUUUGGAAGUCAGAGGAAUGAAGUCCGUUUCUUCCUUCGUCAUGAACGAGCCCCCAGCAGAGACAUUGUGAGUGGACCAAGGUUUCAGGAUCCAGGUUUAAAAAGAAAUGGCGUAAAAGUUCCUGGUGAACAUCGCAGAAAGGAGAAUGGUGUUAAUAGUCCUAGGAUGGAUCUGACACUUGCAGAACUUCAGGAAAUGGCAUCUCGCCAGCAGCAGCAGAUUGAAGCCCAGCAACAAAUGCUGGCUACGAAGGAACAGCGCUUAAAGUUUUUAAAACAACAAGAUCAGCGUCAGCAGCAACAAGCAGCUGAGCAGGAGAAGCUUAAGAGGCUGAGAGAAAUAGCUGAAAGCCAGGAGGCCAAGCUGAAGACAGUGAGAGCGCUGAAAGGCCAUGUGGAGCAGAAGAGGCUGAGCAAUGGGAAACUUGUGGAGGAAAUCGAGCAGAUGAAUAGUUUGUUCCAGCAGAAACAGAGGGAGCUCGUCCUGGCCGUGUCAAAGGUAGAGGAGCUUACAAGGCAGCUGGAGAUGCUCAAGAAUGGCAGGAUCGAAGGCCACGACGACAACCAGUCUGCCGUGGCCGAGCUGGACCGCCUCUACAAGGAGUUGCAGUUAAGAAACAAAUUGAACCAAGAGCAGAAUGCCAAGCUGCAGCAACAGAGGGAGUGUUUGAAUAAGCGGAACUCAGAAGUGGCAGUCAUGGACAAGCGUGUUAACGAGCUGCGAGACCGGCUCUGGAAGAAGAAGGCAGCCCUGCAGCAGAAGGAGAACCUACCAGUUUCAUCUGAUGGAAACCUUCCCCAGCAAACGGUGUCGGCCCCGAGCCGUGUGGCUGCCGUGGGUCCCUACAUCCAGUCGUCCACUAUGCCACGCAUGCCCUCCCGGCCUGAGCUGCUGGUGAAGCCUGCCCUGCCCGACGGCUCCCUGGUCAUGCAGGCUGCCGAGGGGCCGAUGAAGAUCCAGACACUGCCGAAUAUGAGAUCUGGGGCCGCCUCUCAAGCUAAAGGUGCUCCAGUCCACCCGGGCGGCCCUGACUGGGGCCCUUCAAAGGCGGAUCUUUUCCCGAGCCCAGGCUCCCCUGCACCUGCGGGCGCCGGGCAUGCUGUGGACCCAGCUGACGAUGGGGAGGUUGCGCUGAGGGAGAAGGAGAAGAAGGUGCGCCCCUUUUCUAUGUUUGACACAGUCGACCAGGCUGCCGCCGCGCCCUCCUUUGGUUCCCUGAGGAAGAACCAGAGCAGUGAAGACAUCUUGCGGGACGCUCAGGCUGCAAAUAAAAAUGUGGCUAAAGUACCACCUCCCGUUCCUACAAAGCCAAAACAGAUUAAUUUGCCUUAUUUUGGACAAACUAAUCAGCCGCCUUCAGACAGCAAGCCCGAUGGAAACUCUCAGCAGUUGUCAGCAGCUGUUGCCUCCGUGGGAAGCAAACCCAAACCAGCAGGGCCGCAGCCCAGGGUGCUGCUCUGCCCUGGUGCACCUUUGGUUGGCCAAGACCAAGCCCUGGCUCCAGGCUGUAAGCAAGAGAGUCCACCUGCUGCUGCUGUCCGGCCCUUUACUCCUCAGCCUUCCAAAGACAGCCUGCUUCCGCCUUUCAGGAAACCUGCGACCGUGGCCGCCAGCUCCAUAUAUUCCAUGUACACACAGCACCAGGCUCCGGGCAAAAACUUCCAGCAGGCUGUGCAGAGUGCCUUGACCAAGACACAUAGCCGAGGGCCACACUUUCCCAGCGUGUACGGGAAGCCUGUGGUCGCUGCUGCGCAAGCUCAGCAGCAGCAGCCUGAGAACGUCUACUCCAGCAGCCAGGGCAAGCCUGGCAGCCCGGAACCUGAACCAGAGCCCGUUUCUUCGGUCCAGGAGAACCACGAAAAUGAAAGAAUUCCUCGACCCCUGAGCCCGACCAAAUUACUGCCUUUCUUAUCCCAUCCCUACCGGAAUCAGAGUGAUGCUGACCUGGAAGCCCUACGAAAAAAACUGUCCAAUGCACCUCGGCCACUGAAGAAGCGCAGCUCAAUUACAGAGCCAGAGGGUCCUAAUGGGCCAAACAUUCAGAAACUCUUGUAUCAGAGGACCACCCUUGCUGCCAUGGAGACCAUCUCCGCCCCCUCGUACCCUGCGAAGUCGGCCGCAAGCACUGCCGGCCCAGAAAGCCCCAUUGAAGUCAUCCCCAAUCCGUAUUUACAUGUGGAGCCAGAGAAGGAGGUGGUGUCCGUGGCUGCUGACCCUUUGUCCCCCGAGGAUAUGGGCAGUGCCAGUACGGAGAACAGUGACGUGCCAGCUCCUGUGGGCCUUGAUUACGUGCCGGAAGGGGUUCCAGAGAGCAGCCCCAGUCUCCAGAAUAAUGCAGAGCAAACCAACCCAGAGGCUCCCCACCUACUUGAGGUGUACCUGGAGGAGUACCCGCCGUACCCGCCCCCACCGUACCCAUCUGGGGAGCCUGAAGGGCCCGGAGAAGACUCUGGGAGCAUGCGUCCACCUGAGAUCACUGGGCAGGUGGCCCUGCCUCCUGGCAAAAGGACAAACUUACGCAAAACUGGUUCAGAGAGGAUUGCUCAUGGGAUGAGGGUGAAGUUCAACCCUCUUGCUUUACUUCUCGAUUCAUCUUUGGAGGGAGAGUUUGACCUUGUGCAGAGAAUUAUUUAUGAGGUUGAUGACCCAAGCCUGCCCAAUGAUGAGGGCAUCACAGCCCUUCACAAUGCUGUGUGCGCAGGCCACACAGAAAUCGUGAAGUUCCUGGUACAGUUUGGGGUCAAUGUCAAUGCUGCCGACAGCGAUGGAUGGACCCCGCUCCAUUGUGCUGCAUCGUGUAAUAACGUCCAGGUGUGCAAGUUUCUGGUGGAGUCGGGGGCUGCUGUGUUUGCCAUGACCUACAGUGACCUGCAGACUGCUGCAGACAAGUGCGAGGAGAUGGAGGAAGGCUACACCCAGUGCUCCCAGUUUCUUUAUGGAGUACAGGAGAAAAUGGGCAUCAUGAACAAAGGCGUCAUCUACGCACUGUGGGACUAUGAGCCUCAGAACGACGACGAGCUGCCCAUGAGAGAAGGCGACUGCAUGACGGUCGUCCGCCGGGAAGACGAGGACGAGAUCGAGUGGUGGUGGGCACGCCUCAGCGACAGGGAGGGCUAUGUGCCGCGCAACUUGCUGGGGCUGUACCCAAGAAUUAAACCAAGGCAAAGGAGCCUGGCCUGAAGCCGCAGCCUUCUACUCCAUGAAGAAUUAAGCUUUGCUGUCACUAAGAAGCAAUAGAACUGUUUCUGGCGACAAUUCCGUGAGACUCAUUUAAAGGACAGCGCAGCAGGAAAGCAAGGAAGAAUGCGUCCUGGAGGAAAGUGAAGGGUGGAGGACUUCACGAGCGGCGCGUGUUUGGGGUGAAGUGGGGUGUGGACGCACGCAGCCCGCGCUGUGCUGGCAAAGCUGCCCCCAUAGAGCGCUCGGAGAUACACAGCGCCCGUCUUGUUUUCUGCAAGAAAUAGGACCAUUUACUGGGUGUUGGGAAAUCAGCUGUCGUGCUCAGUGGGCAUUUUCAGUGCCUGUCCCUGUCCCACCUCUUGCCAGAAAGUGCCGGUGUUACCAUCUCCAACUGCCCACAGCGCCAAUGGACCCUCCGGGGCUGUGCACGAGGGCUCAGGGGCACCCUGCGCCUGUAUACCGUUGGACUGCUCAUCAGUGAGCAAUACCUUCCUAUCUGAGUUCUUGUAGCAUUUUAAGAAUUAAACAUGUAUUUGAAAUACUGAAACUAAGCUACACUACCUAAUCUAAACAGAUUUAGAUUUGUUUUUAGGCUGAACUUGGAUCUGUAUUUAUUGUCUUUUGUAUCUUGGGAAUUAGAAACUUGUUAGAGGCUUACCCGUACUAUUUGUCAAGAUCAUAGCUGACCUGAAAAACAGUUGUAAUAAAAUUCAGCUUUUUGACUCAGA